CCCACCACGAACACUGUGUUGGAGAGCAGGUGAUCAAACCUCAUGACAAGUUUGAAGCUGCUAAACUGCUGAGCUGGCCUUAAUUGAAGUGUGAGAAGAGGUUUUAAGGCAGAGUCCGCUAGGCAUGGAUGCAGUGCCUGUGUACCAUGGCAAAAUCAGCAGGGAGACUGGAGAGAAGCUUUUACUCGCUACGGGGCUGGAUGGAAGCUAUCUACUGCGAGACAGCGAGAGUGUCCCUGGCGUGUACUGCCUGUGUGUUUUGUAUCAAGGCUAUAUCUAUACAUAUCGAGUGUCCCAGACAGAAACAGGUUCUUGGAGUGCUGAGACAGCACCUGGGGUACAUAAAAGAUUUUUCCGGAAAAUAAAAAAUCUCAUUUCAGCAUUUCAGAAGCCAGAUCAAGGCAUUGUAAUACCUCUGCAGUAUCCUGUUGAGAAGUCCUCGGCUAAGAGUACACAAGGUACCGCAGGGAGGAGAGAUUCGGAUGUCUGUCUGAAAGCACCAUGAAGAAGAGUAACACACCCUGUACUUUAUUGUCAAUAAUUUAAGUAUGUGCCAAGUCUUGUAUAUUGUAGAUAAUACAGUUCAGUGAGCUGCAAAUGCCUUUUAAACACCACGCUAGUCCUGUAAUAGGAGCAUCUCGCCUGAUGUCAAAGCUGAAAGUGGACGUGGUAGAUAACAAGUGCUUUAAAGUGAGGAUUGGGAAACAGACUCCCUUAGGGUAGUUUUAGUUACUGUAUUUACAAAUGAGAAACAAUUUUAAAGCACAAUGAAGACUUUACAAAAGAUUAAUGUCAACUCUUGCCAAAUGUAAAUAAAAAUAAACAUUUUUUUUUGUCAAAAGCAGCAUUUUUGUGUAUUUGAUUGCUACUGAUUUGCAAGUCUUGUUUGACUUUCAUGGCUAGGCAGUUGGUGUGCAGAUCUAGUAGCUGUGGUGCCUGAGGCUUCUUUGGGAUUUAUGAGGUUGUGUGCUAAAAGAAGUACUAGAUAAAAGACUAUUGGUUUAAAUUUGAAAUCGACCAUCUUGCCUACAGUUCUUCUGCUAAGACAGUUAAACCUUUGGACUAGUGGGGUGCGGGUAGGCAUACUUUUCUUUCCUAGACUUGAGAGGUAGAGGUGGGUGAUCAUGAGUUUAAUAUUUUGUGGCUACAGCACACCCUGCUUCAAAAAACACCAAAACCCGUAGACCAAUCGGAAUAAACAAGUCCGUGUUUUCAAAUAGGCUCCAAAUGUUUAUUGUAUUUCAUGCUACAGCUUUUGAGAUUAUGUUAGAGAUCUGAUGAAAUUAUAAAAUGUAUUUUGCUUUUCACAUAUCUCUGCCCCAGUUGUCUCUACUACAAGCAGAAAUGUAUUUGGAACGGACCCUUCUGUGACUGUGUCUCAUGAUCAACUGAUUUGUAAUUAGAUAACCCCACCAAAGCUGUGGUUUCACUAAUUUUCAGCAAUUCUGAGUCAUUGAAACCUAAGAGUUGGAUUGCAUGCAGUGUUGUCUUCUCACAUUUAUAUUUUCAUGGCUUUUGUGAUUGAUAGUAUGCCAAGUUGCUUCAGGGCUCCCCGAAUUCAUUCACUCAACAAACAUAAUAGGGCACUGGGGGGCAGAGAAGUAGAAACACCUGUUUCUUGCCUUCAGGCAGUUCACUAUCCAUUUGGAUAGGAAAACAGUAAAGAUUAAAAACAAUAAAAAUAAAAUUUUAGAGACCAUGAUGGCUGUAAAAGUUGAUACAUACAUAAAUGAAUUUCCCAUUAUGUAGAUAGAUUUGUAUUUAGUGGUAGGAUGAAUCAGCACAAAUACUCUCAUUUGUAAUCCAUAGGAAAACUAAUACACCAGAACUCUGGGUUUUCCCUGAACGUUGUGAACUUGUUUAAGAAUGAGUAAACUGCUGAGAGACAGAGCUACUCCAUUCAGACUGAGUAUUUAACAUGGAUGCUUUGAGGGUGCAAGGAUGCAGUACGGCAACAGUGGUGCCAUGUGAGUAGCUUGCUCAUGGUUGAAAUAGCAGCAUUAGCUUGCAAGGAAAUUG